UCUUUCUCCUUCCAUCUCUCCAUUUUCCCCCACUCUCUCUCCCUAUCCUAAAAUAUUCCCUCAUUUUCAAAUUUUGCUCAACAAUUUCAAUUCUAAGUCAAAGUUUUUUGCUAUUUUCUUGGUGGGUUUUGAUCUAAAGUUCACUUUUAUGAGGUUAAUUUGUUGAAAUUUUCGGAUCUGUAACUGGGUUGUGAAGAAUCUGUUUUUGGGGUUGUGGGAGUUGUUGAUUUGGUGAAAUUUUUGGAUCUGAAAGUGGGUUUUGAAGAGUUUGUUUCUGGGGUUGUGGGAAUUUUGUAUUGAUUGACUUUUGGAUUUCAAGUUCAGAUUUUUUUUCGAUGUCGUCAACGUAUUGGUGUUAUAGAUGCAAUAGAUUUUACAGAGUAUGGAGCGAGGAAUCGAUUGCUUGUCCUGAUUGUAACACGGGAUUUGUUGAAGAAAUUGAGGCUCCGACCCGAUCCACGUUGUCCGGGUCACGGCGUCGGCGUAUCCCUCCGGCGGUGAUGCAGACGGCAGCGCGGAGUACGGAGCAGUCUCCUGCUUCGGGUUAUGGUUCCGGGUCAAGUCCGGGUGUUCGUAGGAACCGGAGGAAUACUGGUGACCGGUCGCCGUUUAAUCCUGUGAUAGUCCUUCGUGGUUCUACCAAUGGAGGUGGCGCGGGAGGGGAAGGUGGUGGAGGCGGUGGAGGGGGGUUUGAACUGUAUUAUGAUGAUGGAACCGGGUCGGGUUUGAGACCUUUACCUACGAGUAUGUCUGAGUUUUUACUCGGGUCAGGUUUCGAUAGGCUUUUGGAUCAGCUAGCACAGAUUGAAGCUAAUGGUAUUGGAAGAAUAGAGAAUCCACCAGCUUCAAAAGCUGCAAUUGAGUCGUUGCCAACAAUUGAGAUAAUUCAUUCUCAUAUUGUUACUGAAUCUUGUUGUGCAGUGUGUAAAGAGGCAUUCGAGUUAGGCACUGAGGCCCGCGAAAUGCCCUGUAAGCAUUUAUACCAUUCAGAUUGCAUACUCCCAUGGCUUUCGUUGCGCAAUUCGUGUCCAGUUUGUAGGCAUGAAUUGCCUUCAGAGAGUCGGGAUGUUGUCGAUCCGAAUAGAGCACCAAGCGAACAGAGUGAACAGAGUGUAGCAACAAAUAAUGAGGUGGAGGAAGCUGUUGGAUUGACCAUAUGGAGAUUACCUGGUGGUGGAUUUGCUGUUGGGAGGUUAGGUAGGAGAGGUGGGGAGAGAGCUCUUCCGGUUGUAUUCACUGAAAUGGAUGGUGGUUUUAAUAAUAAUAACAAUAAUGGAGUUCCAAGGAGGAUUUCAUGGGGUUCUAGAGGAAGCGAAUCGCGACAAAGUGGUGGCUUUAGGAGGUUUUUUGGCAACUUGUUUUCGUGUUUCGGUGGUGUUGGUUCAUCAGGGUCAAGCUCUAGUUCAGAUUCUAGGAUAAAUCAGAGCAGAAGUAGUUCAAUGUCAUCUGUCUUUCUUGCUACAGCAAGAAGGCGCAGAGGCUGGGGUUUCGAAGCUAAUAAUGGAGUUAGAAGAUGGUAACUUGAGUACCGGUGGACACGACAAGUUUAUCAUCAUUGUAAAUACACUGGAAGUGAAUGCUGGCUCUUCAAUGGCACGCAAGAAUUUAUUUUUGAUAUUUAUUAAGAUGAUAUUUAUGCAAAUGAGUUGAAGAUCCUAUAGCAGGGGUGGAUGACAUUGGAAUAUAUUAGUGUAAGAAUUGGCUCCCUGCAGUGUAAUUCUUCCUUUUUAUUCUUUUAUCUGUCCCCUUUUAUGAUUUAGUGUCUUUUAAAUUCAGCCCCGCUUGUUCGAUAAUUCUAUUGGAACUAAUGAAACUUACAUGAAUUCUCAGUUUCUUGUAUCAUGGCUUCUUUUUUACUUGGAAAUUCAGGUACGUCCCACAAUAGGGACCCUGCAAUUAGUCUUGUCUUGAUAGUUAAGAGACUUACUUUUGAUCAUGUAAUCAAAUUGGUCAUUGAACCUUAUUAUAAAUUGUAGAUUGUUGUUCCUUUUAGCAGAA